GUAUAUUAACCGUAAUUGCUAUAUAUUAUAUUUUUCAUAUUUCUUCUGUAUUUUCUAUUUAAGAUUAGUUAAUUAAAUAUAUCUCAUAAAAAGAUGCCGAUUUUAGUAAAAGAUUACAGUUGGACUGAAACCAAAGACAAAGUUCAUGUAACUGUGCCGUUAAAAGGUGUGAAGACUGCUAAUGUUGGUCUACUUUGUACCAACGAAUUCUUGAAAGCUAAUUAUCCGCCUUUUCUCUUUGAGGCUUUACUAUAUAAAGAGAUUGAUGAUGAUAAAAGUGUCGCGAAAAUUCGAGACGGGGCAGUGGAAUUUAAUCUUGUUAAAGUCGAAAAUGAAAUUUGGGGAAAGCUUUUAUCGGAAAAAUCAGAAGAUAAAGCCUUCAUGCUUAAAAAAAAGUUAGAAGCGGUAGAGUAUGUACAAAAACAGACUGAACGGCAGCAGAAAGAAGCAUUGGCAAAGAAGACGACUGAUAAACGAUACACAGUAAAAGAAAUGAUGCGAUUAGAAGAAGAAGAAAAAUCUAGAAUUGAAUUAGUGAAAGAGACUGAACGAAAAAACGCUGAAGAUGAAAUGGAACGCUGGAAACAACUGAAAAAGGAGGAAGAAAUGGAGGAAAAGAAGAAAUUGGCUGAAGAACGUCUACAGCAGUCAUUGAAGAAUGUGGAUGAUCUUGAUAUCAUAAAUUUGGUUAAUGGAGAAGCAAAGGCAAGAGAACCAGCGAUUGAGAAGAGUCAAGACAUUUUUAAUGCUGAAACCAUGGAAACUGAUGAUGUCGUAGAUGAUAAAUCAAGCAAUAAUGAGAAAAAAACAGUGGCUGCAAAACCACGAGGUUCACAACCUCGGCAAGGAGGAAACAUAAAAUUCAAAUUCACUCCAAGGGUUUUUCCGACUCCUCUGCGGGAAUCGAAAACUCAAGAAGAAGAAGAAUGGCUGCAAAAACAAGCUGAAGCAAGGAAAACUACUGAAUUGAAUGACACGGAUCUGGAAGAGCAUGAAAAGGACCCUGAUUGGCUGAAAGAAAAAGGAAAUAAACUUUUUGCUUCUGGAAGCUUCCUCGCCGCUGUUAACGCUUAUAAUCUUGCGAUCAGAAUCCAACCCAAAAACCAUCUAUUAUAUCUAAACCGUUCUGCUUGUCAUUUGAAGCUCAGAAACUUCUAUAAAUGCCUUGAUGAUUGUUCUCGUGCGCUUGACUUGUUACAACCACCGGUACCAGCGAAUGCAAAUGCUCGUCUCAAAGCUCAUAUCAGGAAAGGAACCGCGUUUUGUGAGUUAGAAUUGUACGCGGAAGGUUUGUUGGAUUACAACGAAGCUCUUAAAAUUGAUCCGAAUAACGAACAACUGAAAAAAGAUGCGGAAAGUAUAAAAGAAGCGAUUGAGAAAGGAGACGCAGAUGCAACUGUUAUGACAAGCUGAAAUUAUUCAAUUCAAUUUGGGUCCAAUUAUCGAAUUCUGAAUCCUCCCUCCCUAUGUAGAAUAGUUACUCCAAUCUUUUGCUAAAAUACAGUCUGGCAACUAGUUGAGAUGGCUGGAAUCGAAUAAUCUGUUAUUUCUGAUGUACCUUUCAAAUAUUUUUGCAUACUUCCAAAUUGAAGAUGCUAAAAAUGCAGUUGUUAU